AUGGGCUUUUUAAGUCCAAUAUAUGUUCUUUUCUUCUGUUUUGGAGUUAGAGUAUAUUGCCAAUACGAAGCUUACCAAUGGGAUGAGGAGUAUGACCAAGAACCAAGUGAGGAUUAUGAGCCAGAAUUUCAAUUUCAUCAAAAUGUUGAAUAUGGAGUGCCUUUUUAUCAGAAUACUUUAGGCUGUGCUAAGGAAUGCUUCUGUCCAAUUAACUUUCCAACAUCAAUGUAUUGUGACAAUCGUAAACUCAAGACUAUCCCAAAUAUUCCAAUGCACAUUCAGCAACUCAACCUUCAGUUCAAUGACAUUGAGGCUGUGACUGCAAAUUCAUUCAUCAAUGCAACUCAUCUUAAAGAAAUUAACCUCAGCCACAACAAAAUUAAAUCUCAAAAGAUUGACUAUGGUGUGUUUGCUAAACUUUCAAAUCUACAACAACUUCAUCUAGAGCACAACAACUUAGAAGAAUUUCCAUUUCCUCUUCCUACAUCUCUGGAAAGACUCCUUCUUGGUUAUAAUGAAAUCUCCACACUUCAAACAAAUGCCAUGAAUGGGCUGGUAAACUUGACUAUGCUUGAUCUCUGCUAUAAUCAUCUUUCUGAUUCAAUGUUAAAAGAAAAGAACCUUUCCAAACUGGAAAAACUAAUGCAGCUCAACCUAUGUAAUAACAGAUUAGAAUCAAUGCCUCCCGGAUUGCCUUCUUCACUUAUGUAUCUAUCUCUAGAAAAUAAUUCAAUUUCAUCUAUACCAGACAAUUAUUUUGACAAACUUCCAAAACUUCAUGCUCUAAGAAUAUCACACAACAAACUGAAAGACAUUCCAUAUGAUAUAUUUAAUCUUUCCAACCUUAUAGAACUCAACGUUGGACACAAUAAAUUGAAGCAAGCAUUCUACAUUCCAAGGAAUUUGGAACAUCUGUACCUACAAAAUAAUGAAAUAGAAAACAUCAAUGUGACAAUGAUGUGUCCUUCUACUGAUCUACUACACCAGCACCAUUUAACAUACCUUCGUGUGGACCAAAAUAAGCUGAAAGAACCAAUAAGUUCAUACAUCUUCUUCUGCUUCCCUCAUAUACACAGUAUUUAUUAUGGUGAACAAAGGAGCACUAAUGGUGAAACAAUAUUACUGAAGACUCAAGUUUUCAGGAGAUAUCAAGAUGAGGAGGAGGAGGAGGACGAGGAGGAGGAAAACCAUGAUGGUCAGGACAACACUCCUGAGGGUCAAGACGCAACAGAAGAGCACUUUAAUUCUCAUUAUUAUGGAAUGCAAGAUUGGCAAGAAACUAUAUAGGUAUAUAUUUAUGACUUCAUAAAGCCAUACUAAUUACAAAUCUAAACAUAUA